UUGUGGGACCUGACUUUGUUAAAGUGGGCGUGCCACGCAGCUUUGACUGUGCUGCCCAGUGCUCCCCCUCCUGCAGCUACAGAAUGAGUAUCGAUGGGCAGAUUUGGCAUGGCAACGAGCUGUUGUUCACAGCUCACCAGUGGGAGGAGUCCCUAAACCUCACAUGCACUGCAAGGAAUGAUGACUCUGGGAGGUCCUCUACAGUAACAAAGAUACUGCAGGUUUUAGCUGGACCUACCAACGUAUCGAUCACAGGCCCUGCCCUGAUGACCCCAGGAGCCCCUCAAAGCUUCCAGUGUAACGCAGACUGCCGUCCCUCCUGCAACUACACCUGGAAGAUAAAGGGCCGAUGGCUCAGGGGGCAGGGGAACGAGAUUACCGUAACUCCCGAAGAGUUGGCCACCUCUGUUACCCUGAACUGCAAGGCCAUCAACAGUGUGUCUGGGUUCUAUGCCAUGGCAACCAGGACCAUACCUGUGACAUCUGGUCCAUCAGAGGUCCACGUCAUAGGCCCAGACUCUGUUGCAGUCGGCUUCAAGUCCAUGUUUCAGUGCACUGCCAAAUGCACUCCCGCUUGUGACUACCACUGGACCAUUGAUGGUCACACUGUCCACGGCAGUGAGAUGGAGAUGACGGUCGAGCGAAAUGUGAAGUCAGAGAAGAUUAUGUGCCACGCUCAGAAUACGGUCUCAACUCAUUUUGAGGUGGUCACCAAGUCCGUACGGGUGGAAGACAAUGACAAAAAAAAGAUCCUCUCCAAAAAAUAUGGUUGUCAAGCUGAGUCCAGUUUGUGUUUGUACAAGAAGACCAUCUCUGGGAGGAAGCAUCAGCAUUGUACAGCAGCUGAAACCUGGUUCCGAUUGAGUCCAAACACUCCUUGCUGACAACAACACCAGGUUCCAGAGCAUGAAAGCUGUAAAACAGGAAUAUAGACCGAUAAUAGACAAGACAUUAAAACCUUGAAUACUAGCUACAGUGACUUCAGAAAGUAUUCACACCCCCCCGACUUCCACAUUUUGUUGUGUUGGAGUCUGUAUUUAAAAUAGAAUACAUUUAGAUUUUUUUGUCACUGGCCCACACACAAUACCACAUAAUGUCAAAGUGGAAUUAUGUUUUUGAUAUAUAUACACUACCGUUCAGAAGUUUGGGGUCACUUAGGAAUGUCCUUGUUUUUGAAAGAAAAUCAAAUUUUUUGUUCAAUACAAUAACAUCAAAUGGAUCAGAAAUACAGUGUAGACAUUAUUCAUGUUGUAAAUGACUAUUGUAGCUGGAAACUACAGAUUUUUUUGUGGAAUAUCUACAUAGACAUACAGAGGCCCAAUAUCAGCAACCAUCACUCCUGUGUUCCAAUGGCACGUUGUGUUAGCUAAUUCAAUAGUACCCGUAAAACACCAGUCUCAACAUCAACAGUGAAGAAGCGACUCCGGGGUGUUCCUCUGUCCAGUGUCUGUGUUCUUUUGCCCAUCUUAAUCUUUUAUUUUCAUUGGCCAGUCUGAGAUAUGUCUCUUUUCUUUUCAACUCUGCCUAGAUGGCCAGCAUCCCGGAGUCGCCUCUUCACUGUUGACGUUGAGACUGGUGUUUUGCGGGUACUAUUUAAUGAAGCUGCCAGUUGAGGACUUGUGAGGCGUCUGUUUCUCAAACUAGACACUCUAAUGUACUUGUCCUCUUGCUCAGUUGUGCACCGGGGCCUCCCACUCCUCUUUCUAUUAUGGUUAGUGCCGGUUUGUGCUGUUCUGUGAAGGGAGUAGUACACAGCGUUGUACGAGAUCUUCAGUUUCUUGGCAAUUUCUCGCAUGGAAUAGACUUUAUUUCUCAGAGCAAGAAUAGACUAAUGAGUUUCAGAAGAAAUUGAGCCUGUAAUCGAACCCACAAAUGCUGAUGCUCCAGAUACUCAACUAGUCUGAAGAAGGCCAGUUGUAUUGCGUCUUUAAUCAGUACAAUAGUUUUCAGCUGUGCUAACAUAAUUGCAAAAGGGUUUUCUAAUGAUCAAUUAGACUUUUAAAUUGAUAAACUUGGAUUAGCUAACAACGUGCCAUUGGAACAGGAGUGAUGGCUGCUGAUAAUGGGCCUCUGUAUGCCUAUGUAGAUAUUCCACUAAAAAUCUGCCAUUUCAAGCUACUUUUUAACCAGGUAGGCAAGUGCGACCUUUACAACUGCGACCUGGCCAAGAUAAAGCAAAGCAGUUCGACACAUACAACAACACAGAGUUACACAUGGAGUAAACAAACCUACAGUCAAUAAUACAGUAGAAAAACAAGUCUACAUACAAUGUGAGCAAAUGAGGUGAGAUAAGGGAGGUAGGGCAAUAAAUAGGCCAUGGUGGCGAAGUAAAUGCAAUAUAGCAAUUAAAACACUGGAAUUUGCAGUAGAUGAUUGUGCAGUAGAUUUGCAGUAGAUGAAUAUGCAGUAGAUGAAUGUGCAAAGCAGAAAAACUGGGGUGCAAAGGAGCAAGAUAAAUAAAUACAAUAAAUACAGUAGGAGAUGAGGUAGUUGUUUGGGCUAUUUAUAGAUGGGCUAUGUACAGGUGCAGUGAUCGGUGAGCUGCUCUGACAGCUGGUGCUUAAAGAGAUAAGUGUCUCCAGUUUCAGAGAUUUUUGUAGUUCGUUCCAGUCAUUGGCAGCAGAGAACUGGAAGGAGAGGCAAUACAAAAGUCAUUUGCAACAUUAACAAUGCCUGCACUGUAUUUCUGAUCAAUUUGAUGUUAUUUUAAUGGACAAAAAAUGUGGUUAUCUUUAAAAAACAAGGACAUUUUUAAGUGACCCCAAACUUUUGAACGGUAGUGUAUAUUUUUUUACUAAUUAAUAAAAAAUGAUAAGAUGAAAUGUCUUGAGUCAAUACGUAUUCAAACCCUUUGUUAUGGCAAGCCUAAUAAGUUCAGGAGUAAAAAUGUGUUUAACAAGUCACAUACUGUAAGUUGCAUUGACUCCCUCUGUGUGCAAUAGUCAUUCAAAAAUUAUGGUAAACACUACUAUCUCAUCUUUGUACCCCACAAAUACAGAUAAUUGUAUGGUCCCUCAGUUGAGCAGUGAAUUUCAAACACAGAUUCAACCACAAAGACUAGGGUGGUUUUUUAAUGCCAUGCAAAGAAGGGCACCUAUUGGUAGAUGGGUAUAAAUAAAAUAAAAAAUAGACAUUGAAUAUCCCUUUGAGCAUGAUGAAGUUAUUAAUUACACUUUGGAUGGUGUAUCAAUACACCCAGUUCCUACAAAGAUACAGGCGUCCUUCCUAACUCAGUUGCUGGAGAGGAGUCAAACCGCUCAGGGAUUUCACCUCGAGGUAAAUGGUGAAUUUUAAACAGUUACAGAGUUGAAUGGCUGUGAUAGGAGAAAACUGAGGAUGGAUCAACAACAUUGUAAUUAACAAUACUAACCUAAUUGACAGAGUGAAAAGAAGGAAGCCUUUACAAAAUAAAAAUAUUCAAAAACAUGCAUCCUGUUUGCAACAAAGGCACUAACGUAAUUGUCACGUCCUGACCUUAGUUCCUUUUUUAUGUCUCUAUUUUGGUUUGGUCAGGGCGUGAGUUGAGGUGGGCAUUCUAUGUUUUGUUCUAUGUUUUGCAUUUCUAUGUGUUUGGCCUGGUAUGGUUCCCAAUCAGAGGCAAGCUGUCAAUCGUUGUCUCUGAUUGAGAACCAUACUUAGGUAGCCUGUUCCCACCUGUGUUUGUGGGUAGUUGUUUUCUGUUUAGUGUUUUUCACCUUUCAGGACUGUUUCGGUUAUUCCCUUUUGUUAUUUUUGUAUUUAGUGUUCAGUGUCAAUAAACUAACAUGAACACGUACCACGCUGCGCUUUGGUCCUCACCUUCUUCCACCAACAGCCGUUACAGUAAUACUGCAAAAGAAAUUGGCAAAGCAAUUAACUUUUUUGUCCUGAAUAGAAAGUCUUAUGCUUGGGGCAAAUCCAAUACAACAGAUUACUGAGUAGCACUCUCCAUAUUUUCAAACGUAGUGGUGACUGUGUCAUGUUAUGGG